GCGAAGAAGUGUAGGCAGCUAUCAGCACAAUUUUCGAUAAUAAUUCCGGAAUAUUAUAAUUUCGAAGUGUGCAACUACUCUAGCAAAUGCGUAAAAGUGAUAUAAGUGCAGUGAAAACAGUAGAGGCAAAAUGUGAAAAGUGAAGUGAAAGAAAUGUUAUAAUUUGAUACCUUUCUAUUUUCUACCUACAUCUUGAGCAACAAGAGAUUAUUAUACCCGCUUACAAUGCCGCUCGAUCAGGAUAUCUCGCUGUACGAAAGCACUCCCGACUCAUUAUUCGACAUAUGCAUGGAUUUCAUCGUCGACAACUUGAAUACUAUGACAAAAUUAGAUCCUCCCAGCCGAUGGCGUAAACUGAAAGACGAUGUCAUAUUGCCAGCUGAGAUCUGCGAACGGUUCCUGAGCGCGUACCAGGCCACCAACCGGGUGAACGACAACAUCGCGAACCUGUUCCGCGACCGCUCCAGCACGCGCCUGCAGAGCGUGCGCCUGCGCAACUCGCGCAUCACCGACGAGGGCCUCAAGUGCCUGCUGGAGCACAAGCCCUACGAGGUGGAGCUCGUCCAGUGCGAAUAUCUCGCCCAAGGCUCUCUAGACAUCAUAAACAGUAACAGCGAAAAUCUUAUCUCUCUUAAAUUUGGACCGUUGACUACUAUUAUUUCACACGAUGAAAAUAUAUACAGACAGAGGGGCUAUAUAAUCAACGCACCCAAACUGAGGAGGCUGACGAUCCACUGCAGGAACCUGCCAAUAUUCCCGUUGCUGCUUCUGAAACCUCUGGCUUGUCUCACACACUUGGACUUGUCAGAGUGUUCUUCUUUGGGCUCUAUUUGGGCUCUCAGUGAAUUAAACAACUUAAUUUCCCUCAUCUUGUACAGUGUACAUUGGUCAAAAGAUAUCAUUGACUGGAUUACCACAUUAACAUCUCUGCGGCACCUUGAUAUAUCUCAAUCAUUUGAGAGACUGUGCAAGUAUCUGAAUCCAAAUGAUGUUUUGUCCAGGAUUGUGACAAGCUUGCCACACCUGGAGUCUUUGGAUAUUUCUGGAACUAACUUGGCUGGCUCCGGAGCUGCUACAGUAAUGACUGGAUCAAAUUCACAACAGCAAGUGCGUUGUGAUAUACCUGGUCUAGUGAGCCGUGUUGACCGUCCUUUGGAAUUCCUGGGCUUGUAUGGUACUCAACAUGGUGCUUGUAAACGACAUGACAUACCCGCCAAAAUGAUAUCUGGUGAUGCCAAUGAAGAACAAAUACUCAUAGCAGCUAUGGCAUACAUGGAGAGGCCAGCUAUGCUGACGCAUGCUCUCAACGACUUGUAUUACUUAUUCCGCUAUGAAAACAAUGCUUAUGUUGGAAGGGCAUUGUCCGUUGUACUCCUGGCUAUGGAUCGCCAUGUCUCAGAAAAGCACAUUCAAAUUUCUGGAAGUGCUACCUUAUUCUACAUUGUGAAAGGAAAAGAGAGGGAACGUAUUGGUAUUAAAUUGAAGAGGCGAAUAAUAACAGCUUUGCUUGAUGGCAUGGAGGCUCAUCUUGGUGACGACACAAUGAUGAGAAACGGAUGUCUUACACUUUGCCAAUUUAAAAUUCCCACUGAUGUGCUCUUUGAAUAUGAGCGGGUAGUGCAGAUAUUGCUGAAUGGGGUAUCUGAUGUCAAUCAAGAAGGGUUUGUGCAGCGAAUUGCCAUUUAUUUGCUGAACUCACUGGCCUGCCAAGUCGACGGAAAGCAGAAGCGAUUCUUAGGAAAUCAUGGAGCUAUAAGUAAGAUGCUGAAUCUGAUCUCCGACCGGCUGGAGCGUCGCGUGUGUGACGACGUGCUGGAGGUGGCCUGGUCCACCAUGUGGAACGUCACGGACGAGACGCCGCAGAACUGCCAGCGGUUCCUGGAGAACCGCGGCAUGGAGUACUUCCUUGCCUGCCUCAAGAGUUUCCCCGACAAAGAAGAAUUGCUUCGCAACAUGAUGGGGUUGUUGGGCAACGUCGCUGAGGUGGCCGAGCUGCGGCCGCAUCUCAUGAACAAGCUCUUCCUCACUGUGUUCUACGACUUAUUGAACUCCUCCAGUGAUGGAAUUGAGGUGAGCUACAACGCGGCUGGCGUGCUAGCUCACAUGGCAUCCGACGGUCCGCGGGCUUGGACAGUGGACGAGCCGUCGCGCGACGCGGUUCUGGCGCGCGUCGCCGCCGCCGUGGACCGCUGGGACCUCAAGUCCGAGAGGAACAUCAACUACCGCUCCUUCGAGCCAAUCCUGAGCCUGCUGCACGCGCACCACACCCCGCAGUGCCAGCACUGGGCGGUCUGGGCCUUGGCCAACUUGACCACGGUCUACCCCGACAAGUACUGCAGCCUCAUGGAGUCGGAGGGCGGGCUGAAGCUCCUCAGCGAUCUGCUGGUCCACCCGUCCCCGUACAAGCUCAUAAAGGACCUGGCUCGCACCGUCAUCGCCAACUGCGCGCAGUUCGCCGCACGCUCGGACGCCGGCCCUCCGUCCCCCGGGGCUAUGGACAACUAACUAAUGGAGUACUUCGAGGAUAUCUAUCCUCUGAUGCGCGAAUAACUGCAGUGUAUCAGGCUCUUCACAUACGCCAUCACCAUCAUGUGCAUCGGACUCACCGCCGCGAUGUUCUACCUUAUCAUGUACGUGUAGUGAAAAGUCUGAGCGGUUACGCAUCAAGGACAAUGUGAGUACAAACGUUUUACGAAGUGCACUCGCGAACUAUGUAACUGUUAUGGUACAAUAAGCCAAGGUAAGGGUUAAUAUUUUCCCGACGACUCAAAAUUAUAGCAACUAUUUGCAGGUAAUAAAAUAACUAGGAUUGUAUCUAAUUAUUUCGGCGACAGUUUAAUUAGCCUCGAAACUGGGCUAUUUUAAAAUUUUUAAUGACGGUGACUUUAUUAUUAAGAUGCCUUCAUGUUUUAAAUAUUUCUUCACAUUCGAAAGAGAUUAUACAUGUUUUUUGGAUGUCUAUUUAAUUGAAAAUUUAACUCAUUUAUUUGGUAGCUACUUUUAUUUUUUGUCAAUACUACAUGAAAGCAGCUUAAUUAUUUAAUUAUUAUUUGUAUAUCCCGUAUGAUUAUUUUGUCGCCGGGUUAAAUACAUGCCUAAGAUAAGUAUUCAAAUUAUUAUUAGACCUUAUCAAUAGUCGCUCGUCACGAAACGGUGUGGACAUUGAUGUAUUUUUGAACGUUUUCGUUACACGAGAACGUUUUUGAGAUUUCAAUUAAAUUAUACACUUCAAUUAUAUACUAUUGAUCAAUUCUGAUUAUUCGUACGUGUUAGUGAGUAAGCUGUUUUAAUCUCUAGUGAUUUAUGUGAUGAUCGCGACUAUGUACAGUCGCCGAGGGAUGUGCAGUUGGAACCGCUCCAAGGCAGCUAGUUUUAGAUUCGAGUGUUUCGAUGGACACACCGUUUCUGCAAAAGCAGCUCGAACUUUAUGUAUUCCGUCUAAAAGAUUUAUGGAAUUUAACUCUUGUCGAGCUUAAACAUUUUACUGUCGCCAUUGACAUUUCGAGCUAGUCAGCGCAUUUUAAACUAACGACUGACAACUGACCGUAGCCGAGUACACUGUGAGAGGCACACAACUCACCGUCUCAAGUCGUACGUUUAAAAGCGUGCACUAAUAGUAAAUCAAUCAUCUGUCUACAAAACUGUUUCAGGAUUUCACCUAAGUAGGUAUAUUAUAUUCAAAUAUCGGUGUUAGUAAUAAAUAAAUAGUGUGAGAUAACGAUAAUAUUAUGAUGAUGGAUCUAUGGACAGGGGAAUUAUUUGCUUUAAUCGUAAAAUGAUCUGUUUAACAUAGAUUAUGUAUUUUUGAUUGACACUAUUAUACUUAUUUAUAUUUUUAACAAAAUUAAGUAAUAUUAAUCUUGGUUAAAAAUAAGUUGCAUAAUUUUAUUGAUGAAUACAGCUUUAGUUCAUACUGUAUUACUCAGUUAAAACUUUAAUAUAUUUUGUUGCAGCUAUUUAACUUGUGUAUUAAAGUCUAUAUUAUUUGCUUGUAGAAAGUUUUUGUAGUAUAAUAUAUUCCUAGUUCGUAUUUUAUAGACAUAAUUAUACGUAGAUGUAACGUAAAAUUGUAAUAAUAUCUUCAAGCAAACUGUGGCAAAAUGAUGUCCUUCAAAUCAAUACAAAAAUACUACAAAUAAGUGGCCACUCGAAGUAGCAAGUCGAUUUUAUUGAGACUAAGGUAAAACAAUAAUCUAUCCGUAUUUUGUAAAUAAUAUUUUCAUGAGUGUUUCUAGUAAACGACUUAUACACUUAGAAUUAGAAAUAAGUAUAUUGCAAAAUUUUUAAUUAUGAAAUCAAUAGGAAACCCGAGGGGAUAGGCAGCUUGUUACAGCACAAGCCAGGUUGGUUGAUAAGGUCUGUUGGAACGAAAACACACUGGUAUAGGUAUUGGAUCUGUAUAACUCGAGUCUAUGUUGUGUUGGCUUUUGAUCAUUGUUGCUGUGACAAACUGACACCUCUGGUGGAGAUAUUGCCAGUAAGUUUAAGGUUGAUGUCAUUUUAAUGUUGUUUAACGGAUACAUAAAAAACACUUAAAUGAAAAAAAAAUAUAUUUGUAUGGAUAUGUGUCUAUCUAUACUCUAUGAAUGUUCAGAGAGUACCCCGCUCAAUAAUUCCUGGGGUGUAUUAUAAGUUCUAUGCCGAGGCGGGGGUCCGGGACGCGAGCUCGCAAGGUGAGCUCACUUCUGUAGCUCACCUAUUUAAAAUAUAUUCAAUGUUACUCCUAUAUUAAAAUGCGCAGUAUUGGAAAAUCGUGUCAUUUUAGAUUAAGCACUUUUGAAGUGAGUAUACUAUGACGAUAAAUCGAUGUGUAUUAUGUGUCUAUAGCAUAGUUUACGUUCUCAAUAUACCUACAAGAAUACAAACAUACUAAUGAAUGUUUACUUUAAAAUGCAAAUAAAUGUUGUAGAUUUAAUCAUUGUCAAUUUUCUUGACUAAAUAUCACGUAGUUGUUUCAAUAAUUAACAAUUUGCAGUUUUGUCUUUUCUGGAAUAAACAUAUGUGUCCUAAUAUUACAUAACUAAUCAAAUGAUAACAUUCGUCUGGCACUCUGUAUAUUUUGUUGUGAAUCCAUCCACGUUGUAUAGUUCAGAGUUAUUUAUUUUACUAGCUGUGACUAUCAAUAUAUUUUCUACAUAUGCAGUGUUUUUCGUCCAGUAGUUUUGUUUAUUGAAUUGAAACACAUGUUAUAAACUAUUCAUAACUUUAUAUGACAUUGUAUCUUUAUACAAUAUGCGGUCGUCUGUAAGGUAUAUUUGGCAAGAGAGCUGUAAUUGAUACGUGUAAACUGUAACGCCACAGGCGUUGACCUAUGUACCUUAUUCGUACUACAUAAACUCUUCAAAGCAAAACAGAUCAUAACGUUCGCCAUAAUAUGGUCAGGCUAGCUCUACGGUCCAUUAUGCCGUACAGACAAACGCAUAUUGAAUGUUUGUGUUUUUGUUAUAAAAUUACAUUUAUUUACAAAUUAAAAUAUGUUGAAAUAUAUUAAUUCUAGAAGCCUUACCUCUUUAAACAAAAUUAAACGUUUUAGUAAUUAAUAUGUUAUCAAUAAAUAAUGCAUGAA